CUGACAGGCUUGAUGAUGUCGACAGCAAGAACUGUGGCAGUUUUUGCCAUAAUUGUUGGCUGUUUCGCGGUUUUGUACCCAAGACUUUUUCAUCCAUUUGUAGUCCGACUAUUUGGUGGACACAAGCCAUCUGGAUCAGAAGUUCCACUCCAUCCUCCAGGCCAUGGGAGGCGACCAGACAUGAGAAAACCAGGAGAAGGGGAAGAUAUCAGGAGCCAUAUACGGCCUGGGCCUCAUCCUGGAUUGAGGGCUGCUGCAGAAAUGAGGCAACAACAACAGCAGCAAGGGGGAGGUGGGCGUGGCAUGAUGGGUGUGGUCUUACCAAUGUACGCUGUGGGCAUUGUGCUCUACCUUAUCUACACCAUAGUGAAGGUGUUUUCAAAGCGACAAGAAUCUCAAAGGAGUGAAUCAGAAAGGCCGUCUCAGUUCAGAGACUUCAGCUAUGAGCAGCGAGAGGAUAAGUUCACAUUUGGAGAUGAUUUUGAUGGAGAGGAUGACUACAAGGAGUUUAUGAGUAAAAGACAAAAACAGAAGGAACUCGAGAAACUGCUGCUAAAGGCUGAUGACAGACAUAUCAGUGAGUCGUUAUCGGAGUAUGAAAUGCGCCAGCUUCAGAAGAGACUUGAGGAGACAGAAGCCCAGAUGUCACGAAUCCUGCAGGCCAUGCAGACUGUAACCGAGAAGGUGGAUGAGCAAGGAACAUCGGAAGGCAGUGGUAAACAAGAAAAGAGCCAAAACGAUCAAAAACCUCAGGCUGCACCUCCAGCAACUGAUAAAGCUCAGAGCAAGGACCCUAAAGACAUUUCAGACACUCAGGAGGACAAGGGAGACAAAUCCGUUGACUCCACACCUGAUACCGACUCCUUUGAGGUGGUCAGCAAGACGGGUAGCAGCAGCUUCAGCGUCAUCUCCACGCCCACUGAUGAGGAUGCUCCGCCCAUUCCACCCUCAGAAGCCACAGAAUCUUCAGACCACACUCAGAAAGCUGCAAAUUCUAAUUCAUCCCUUUGGGAGGAGUUUGAAAAGGCGGUGCCAGAGGAUGACAUUGCUGUUCUGUCCACAUGCAAAGCAAACACUGAUGGCAUUGAGGUAGAAAACCUUGGAGCCUUCACGGAAGACAUUGUUGUUGACAAGGAAAACAAAGAGACGGAAGAGUCUUCUGUGAGACAGCGUAAACCAAACCCAUUGUGAAAAAGUAUUUGUUACUGCAACAUUUUAGCAACAGUUAAAGAGAUAAUAUCUUGGCCUGAUUCUACAGAAGUGUAAUGCUUACCACACAAUAUGUCUGAUGUGCCCUUGAGUGUAUUUCCUGGGUUUAAAGGGUUCUCUUUCUAGACUUUGCCACCUUUUUUAUGUGAUGUGUGUAUGGAUAAAAGUUUACGAUGUGUUACAGUAUUGACAUGAGACUCAGGUGUGAAGUACCUGAUCACAGAUCUGAAUUCCAGCCACUGGUUGGUGGGUGUAUGGAAGGUUUAUCGUCAUUUUUCAUGGUAUUCAACAAAUAUCUUUUGUCUGACAAUAUUGUGCAAACUUAGAACUACAUGAAUAUGCAUGUGUCUUAGAAAUCCAAUUUAGCAUUGUAUUAAUAUCUUUGAUGAUCAUUUAAUUGUAUUUAAUUUAUUUGUUACUUAUUAGUCAGGGAUAAGUGUUGUAGCUAUUGCCUCUCAUGUAAAAUCCAUCAGUAAGUAUCUAUCUAACUGGUUGUAUUUUUGAAGUCAUGUCUGAGAUAAUAAAGUAUUUAAACAAUGGUUGAUUUGUGAGGAAGUUGAGUACAAACAGAAUCAAAAACCAAGGAUCAAAAUUCUGAAUGUACUAUGCCAUUUUCUUGAUAUCAGUUGUAAAUUUUUUGUUUGCCAUGAUUCUUGUCAAGAGCUGAAUCCAACCUUUUGUGUCAAAAUACAUAAUUUGGUGGUAACCAUAAAUAAUUUGUGUGUUUGUGAAUAGAUUAAAUUACUCUUUAAUCAGUAAAAGCAUUGUAGAAUACAAAUCCCAUUCACCUGUUAUUGGCACUAUAUAUAUGUGUCAUAAAAUGAACAGGAAUGUAAUGUUAAAACAUUAACUUUGCCAGCACCUGUGUUCUGUCAUCUGUAACUGUUAUGUUGACGCUCUUUCUUUGUGUACAUAUGUAUUCUGUGAUUAUAAGGUAUCCUUAUGGCAAUAUCUUUAAAUUAGAGGUACCCAUUCAGGUUAUGGUAAAUGAGACAUCAAUCUGCAGGGAUUUUGUGGGUAAAUGAAAUCACAUAAUUAUGUUUUUUAUAUUAAUCUUUUGUUAUUUAUGGCGAGAGAGUUUGGAUAGAUUCAGAUCUUUAAAAUAGAGGUAGAAAUUUUGGUUUUUGCUAAGUGAUUAACAAAUCACUUGAUGUGCCUAAGAUGUUUUCGAGUCAAGUUUUCAUGUUUGACCUGGAAAUUAAAAUGAAAUGUUUAUUUUGGCAGCAGUGUGGCAAACAUGAUCUUGUAAUUGUUAGCCACCCUUUUCAUAGUUAAUCGUUUAAUCGCCUAGAGAUUUGCAUUUUUUAAGUGACAUAUUUUGCUUUUUUUGCUUUAUAAGGCCACUUAAGAUGUUUUUUGUGAAGUUUGAUUAAUUCCUUACCAGAAAAGCUAAAUUGCUGUCAUCAAAAGUAUCAUUUUAAAGCCUUUACAUACUUUUUAAUGUUCAUGUUUAUGGAACUUUAGGUGAAAUACAGUAUUUGACAUUUAAAUUGCCUGCAAUAGAAUAGAGCUUCUGUUAACACGUUUAUGUCUUUUACAGUUUUGUGUCCCUUUUGAUAAAUUGGCAGCUAUAGGUAAAAUGUGGGUUUGGUUCGAGUGAAACACAAAUAACACAUUGUCUCCGUAUUAGUUACAACUUAGCCUUUGAUCGCUUUGUGCAAGACACCCUAGAAUAUGUACUUAAAAUAAUUAAUAUGUACAUGUAUGUACAAAUAUAUGAUGAUAAAAUGGUUUGUCUGUACAUGUAGAUGUAUCUGUAUGAUAGCCAAAUGUGGCUGCAUUUCAAAGUCACUCGACAUUACCCAGUACAUGAAUAUCCAACAAAGCUAUGGAACUGAACAUUUGUAUAUGUACAUUACAUUGUACUAGUAUCUGUGAAUUGAGAGGUCUAGUUAGAGACAUAAAGGUAUUAUUCACUCAAGUCCUGGACAUCUACAGUAACCUAGGUUAAGCUGAAGGUGUCUACCAAAUGGAAUAGAAAAUAGUUGUUGGUAUGGUCGUUGAAUCAUUAAUAGUCGGUGAAAUAUCAAUCUCUCAAUUAAUAUCUGCAUCAGAAUUAUUCACUUUGAAUCUUAGUUUUGUUUUAUUUGGUGGAUGAAAUUUACCCGUAGAUAUGUUGGUCAUCAUUUCACAGAAAUAAGGGUUUUGUUUUGAGAGGUUUAUUGUAUUUUCUUAAUGCUAAUGUAUAUUGCAUGUCAUCUGUUACAGUCUCAAGACUUAUUCUAGUUUCCUGUGAGUUAAAUGAAUGCCUUUCUACAGGUAAAAAGUCAUGCACCUUUCAUUGUUUUUUUUUUUUUCUUUUAAGGGAUUGAAUGUCUUGCAUAAAUAGACUGAGAUUUUACUUAUUUAUUUGAUUGGUGUUUUACGCCAUAUUCAAGAAUAUUUCGCUUAUAUGAACAGCGUCCAGCAUUAUGGUGGGAGGAAACCAGGCAGAGCCCAGGCAAAACCCACGACCAUCCGCAGGUUGCUGCAAGACCUCCCAUACACGGCCGGAGAGACUGCACAUAAUGUCUGCCUUGAUAUGAAUGUUGUUUGUAUUUUUAUCGGUGCAUGCUGUCAAACUGUAGUUUUCUCUUCCACUUAUUAAAUGCAGGGGAUAUAGUUUUUUUUACACAUGUUCACAUCAGUUGGUAUUGUAUAUACAUAUUUCAUCUUUUUUAAUUACCCAUCAUGACCAUUUGGAUGUUUUGUGAUAUUUUAUGGACC